UUACUUAAUACAGAGUUUCACCAGUUGGGUAUUUCAGCUCUGCUUGUUGUGGAUUUAAGCAGUUUUCAUUCUUAGUGUGUCACAGUUUCAUCUACUUUUUCAAGUCAGAAUGUUUCUCCCCAACAUAAGUGCGCUAGCUGUGGUGUGCUGGAUAAUGUGUGUGAGAAUCACAAUGUCCCAGGCAUCUCUUCCAGCCCCUACAUUCAAGUUUGGAUCCGGGGUGAAUGCAAUGAAUAUUGAACUAAACACUUUAGUCGGGGUUUCCUGUUACAUUCCUAGAGGUGCUUCGUAUCCUGUAACUGUGUCUGUGGGCAGGCUGGAAAGCCCCUCACAGACCCCAGAGACCACAGAAGCCUGGGUGACCACUGAGGUCAUCCAUUCUUCGAAAACAAUGGAUUUCACAAUCCCUGCAGUAGCCAAGUUUGAAGGGAAAAUAGUGUGCUGGUACCAAUCCACUCGGACUGAACUGAAGAAUCCUUAUUCUGAAUUCAGUAGUCCUCUUACCUUAGUUGUAUCUGCCCUCCGUGCUCCCAAAGUGUCUUUGCACCCCAGUCUCUUUCGUGUGGGUGGGAAUUACACUGUGUACUGUAAUUCAACCUCUGGCCCAGUCACAAACUUCACAUUAAGUCUGUAUUACCGCAGCCUCCCUGUCACACCUGGAACCAACUGGACCUUCGCUGGUUCAGUGUUUCUCACACAUAGCGAUAAUAUUUUCAUAAGCAACACAAAUGCAGUCGUCCCAAUAGAGUUUAUCUGCGAUAUGGAGAUGUUGUACAAUGGAAAAGUCUUGAGUUCACCUAAGUCUAAUAUUGAGAAAGCCAUCCCAGAAGAGCUUCCGGUUCGCCUCUGGGAGCAAACUUCAGGAGAAAGCUGUCUAGGGUACCUGGAUGUCAAGUUCAGAGGCAACUGGCAACCUGUUUGUCAGAAGGAAGUUACCGAAGCUGAUGCAUCUGCUGCUAUUGCUACGGCUAAAGUGGUGUGCAAGGAACUGGGAUGUGGGCGUGUGCUGGAGUGGAAGAGGGUUUUGGACUACGAGCGAAAUUCAUUCACACUUGGGGGUAUCAGAUGCAGUGGGAAAGAAGAAAAGACCAAAGAUUGCCCAAUGGGUGAAAUUGAAUCUUGCAGAGAGAGAGGCUUUCUCUACAUAGUUUGUUCAGAUGCACUGCCCCUUCCUAAACUGUCUGUGAUGAAUUAUGGCCCUGUCUCCAAAGUGUAUGUCAAGGAAAAACAAAAUGUGCAAAUCUCCUGCUCCGUUGACUCAACUUAUUUAAAAGGCCACUAUGGGGACUUCAUUUUUAAAAAGGAUGGUGCUGUUUUGAGAAGAAUGUACAUGAGUCCAAUCUCAUCUGUGUCUAUCACAGAGUCUGACAAAGUGGAUGGAAAAUAUGAAUGUGUAUACCAACUUGAUUCUUCAAAAAUUAAACCGGUGUCUCAGCCCAGCAAUUCAGUCUUCAUUUACGUAUACAUCCCUCCGGAUCCGGUACCAAUUGUUGCAGGUGUUCUCACAACUGUUAUUGGAAUAGCAAUUAUGACGUAUAUUUGUGUGUGUAGAAGAGCAGAAGAAGAGGUACAGGGCAAUGAAUUUCCAGCACAUUCCCAGGACCCAGCAACAAAUACUGAAAACCCAGAUCACAAUGUCUACAUACCACAGCAAAUGUAGGCUAUAGAAUAAUCAUCAAUGCCUUAAAAUUGGUUUAACUUCACUAUGGAAAUUUACAUUUUACAUGAAAUAUGAAGUUUGAUGAAUGUUGAAAAACUCUGGUUAAUUUUGCAAAACAUUUGUACAAAGGGCUCCUGAAAAGGUUAGUUAAGCCUUUCAUGCAUGAAUUAUAAAAACCUCAGUCAGGAUUUUUUGUUGGUUUUAUUGCUCUUAGGACAUGAAAAACAAGUUUUUAAAAACAUUUUUCAAAGAGAUUUUUAGAUGUCCACAGUAUGCGUUUUUGUUUUUAUCUGAAGAGAUAGUGUAUUAAACAUAAUACAGUAAUAACACAGUAAUACUGUGUAUUUAACAAGCCAAUGAAUAAAAUUAUAUAAAACAUGUAAAAAAAAAUUAUAAAUAUACAAAAAAAAAUAUAAUACAGCUUAAAUUUUUGCACAGACAAUUGAGUUUGUUCCCAUUCGACCAGCAAAUGAAGAAUUCAUACAAGUUGAACUUUGCGUGUGUUUGAUAUCAGAACAUAAGGAUGUGAUUCCUUCAAAGAUCUCUAAAACCGGUGAAGGUACAACUGUGGAAACCCGAAUCAGGCUAUGUAGAAAAUGCUCACGCUCCCUCCAGUCUAUCAGCGUACAUCAAUUUACCCUUAUUAGCUGAUAAUUCUAAUUAUGUUUUAAAAUCGACAAAUUUCUACUAGCUCUGCUCUCUGAGAAAACCUGAGACUAAGGCCCCGUCCACACGGAAACACGUUUCUGUGUAUACGCACAAAUUUUGUAACGGACAGGCGUUUCGUCCACACGGAUGCGGCGUUAUGUAUGACUUAAAAAAAAUGGCCCGAAAGCCACAAAACACCAAAACACCAGUGCAAGGUGAAACCGCUAUUUUUUUUUAAAACUGGGUCCCAGAGUGGAUUUGAAAACGCCACCUUUGCGUUUUUGUGUGGACAGCCAAUCCGUAUAUUUUGUGAAAUGAUGAAGUCAUCACCCUGACCCUGGUCAGUCACCACUAACAGCACAAAACAGCUACAACAACAACAAUAGAGUACUACAUGCUUGUGUUCGUGCUGCAGAAGCUACCGCGCCUAAAGCUUCAUUAAAAUAAAGCUUUAUUUCUAAGCUUUACUAAAAUUUGUAUACAGCCCGCAAGGUUUAUGCACAUGCUCCAAGUCUUAUUCUCUGUUUUAAGUGUAUCUCUGUGGCAGAGUUACAGCGCCACAUACUGAUCUGGCAUGUAUACUACAUCGUUUUGAGUCGUUUCAGUGGUUUCGUGUGUACGCAGAUAUUUCUUGAGGAAAAAAAAAGAUCGGAUAGGGUAAGCUCUGGCUUCGUGUGGACGUAGCCUAAAAUCUACACUAGCAAUCAGGUGUUUUCAGUCUCAUCUGAAAUGUGCAAUGUUGAGGGUAAUGCAUUACAAGUAACAUGCAUUAUGCAAUCAGAUUACUUUUCUGAUCAACGAGCAAAGUAACGCAUUACAAGUAAGGUGCAUUACAUAAUCAGAAUACUUUUUUUCAUAUAACUGCAAAUUACAUUCUAAUAACACAAAUACAUUUAUUUAAAGCCCAAAAAAGUUACUGCAGCUUAAAGGGUUAGUUCAUCCAAAAAUUAAAAUAAUGUAAUUAAUUACUCACCCUCAUGUCGUUCCACGGGGCGAUUUCAAAACACUGCUUCAUGAAGCUUCAAAACUUUAUGAAUCUUUUGUUUCGAAUCAGUGGUUCGGAGCGUGUAUCAAACUGCUAAAGUCACAUUGGUGAACCGUUGAAAUUUCGAAACACUUCUGACGUAACAAAGCCUUGUUUACUGAAAUCAUGUGACUUUGGCAGUUUGAUACACGCUCCGAACCACUGAUUCGAAACAAAAGAUUCGUUAAGCUUCAUGAAGUUGAAAUCGCCCAUUACUAGAUAUUGUUGAAUAAAGUCGUUAUUUUGUUUUUUUUGGCGCACAAGGAGUAUUCUUGUCACUUCAUAACAUUAAGUUUGAACCACUGUAGUCACAUGAACUGUACUAAAUAUGUCUUUAGUAGCUUUCUGGACUAAUUAUCUUGCUGGCAAAUGCAGACUUCAGUGAGCCAUUGGAUUUUAUGAAAAAUAUCUUAAUUUGUUUUCCGAAGAUGAACGAAGGUCUUACGGGUGUGGAACAACAGUAACAGUAAUAGUAUGAAUGAAAUAUAGCUAGAUGUCCAAUUUAGUGUGAUGAUAGAUGAUUAAUCAGAAUUCCCUCCCAAUCUAAAAUAAUACUUGGAAAAUGUAGCAAUGAUAUGACUCCUUAAAUGUUAUUUGAUGUUACAACUUUUUUUUACCUGCAAGAGUCUCCUAGGAGGAAUGGAUAUUCCAGAGCAACUUGGCAUUUCUGACUGGCUGUCGACCAUCUUGGUUUAAAGAAAAGAAAAAGAAAAAGAAAAAGAAAAAAGAAAAAAAAACACAUAUAUGGCUCGCCACUUGGUGGCAGUAUAUAGGACGAUGCACUACUGUCCAUUGUUGUGGUUGAUGUACAACUAUGCCAUCAAAAACCUAUGCAUAUGCAAGAAAGUUGCUUUUUGAAUAGCUGUCCUCUGUAGUGUCCUCUCUGCAUGAAAGGAUUAAAAGAGAAUAUUUAAACAUCAAAAUCUGGCUUCAUAAAGGACAGUGGGACAAAGUUAAUGUAGCUAAAAUUACAUCUUGAAAAAUUAACUAACCUAUAGAGUUUUAGGAUAAUUAUGAAUUAGAGAGGCUGUAAUGGUUGCAAUAAGUAAGUUCUUUGCAAGAUUUUAAUGCAUACUAAUUGGGGGGAGAUGAUAAAGUUAAGUGUCAUCAUCACAGUUUAAGGCCAACAUAAGUGGAUAUAUAUCCUUUGAAAUAUCUUUUUCUAUUUAUAGUUUCUUAGUGGUUCCAUUGUCUAAUUUUAAGCCAUAGCUAUUUGAUGUUGAAACUGUCCAUAAUUAAAAACAUUUCAAGGGACCCAAACAACAGAGGCAAUGAAAGACAAAACAAGGCAAAACUUGUGGUCUCAGAUUUAUUGUAUUCAGAUUUUAAGUUGGUGUCAAGUCAAUCAAUACAAAAUAAAUCUGGUUGAACAUGA